AUGUUGGUUACCAAAUUACUAUUGGAGGACAGCGCUGAAAAUGCUGCUAUAGGUGGAACUGCAGGAGCUUUGGAAAUUCUAAUCACUUUUCCAACGGAGUAUGUCAAGACGCAGCUUCAAUUGGAUGAGAGAACGGGUGUAGCCAAACGUUUCCGUGGUCCCAUCGAUUGCGUCCAUCAAACUAUUCGAGCUCAUGGAUGUCUUGGUCUUUAUCGCGGACUUUCUGUACUCCUCUACGCAGCCAUCCCGAAAUCCGCUGUUCGGUAA